AUGACUCCUGCAAUCUAUCUGGAAGCAGGUAUUGCUUGCCCAUACCGAGACCUGCUCCUCCAACACUCCAACAUAAUCAAACCCCAGUUUCGCAGUGAUGAGAUGCAGCAUGACGUUGUCCACCACAUUCGCACCUCUGGCCCCCCACUAUUCGCACGGCCUAGACGACUGGCUCCGUCCCGUCUGCAAGCGGCGAAGGCCGAAUUUGAGCACAUGCUGCAACUGGGCAUAAUUCGGCCGUCCGAGAGUCCAUGGGCGUCCCCUCCACUUAUGGUGCCCAAGGCGACAUCAGACGACUGGCGGCCCUGUGGUGACUAUCGCGCCCUCAACAAUGCGACCAUCCCGGAUCGUUAUCCCGUCCCUCAUCUUCAAGAUUUUGGUGGAGCUCUUUUCGGCAAAUCGGUUUUCUCGAAGAUUGACCUUGUUCGGGCCUUCAUCAGAUUCCUGUUGCUCCUGAGGAUGUUCCCAAAACUGCCGUCAACACACCAUUCGGCCUGUUCGAAUUUAUUCGCAUGCCCUUUGGUCUUCGCAAUGCUGCCCAAACAUUUCAGAGGUUCAUUGACCGAGUCCUACGUGGUCUCCCGUUUGUGUACGCCUACAUCGAUGGCCUCUUGGUGGCCAGUCGAAAUGCCGCGGAACACAAAGAGCAUCUUGCCUUGGUGUUUGACCGCCUCGAUCAGUUUGGCGUGGUCAUUAGCCCUUCCAAGUGUGUUCUGGGUGUGCCGUCCCUUGAUUUUCUUGGUCACCAUGUCGAUGCACAAGGUUUGCGUCCCCUCUCUUCCAAGGUUGAGGCCAUUCGUGACUUUCCUCCACCAACCUCCAAGCGUCAGUUGCAACGUUUCCUUGGCAUGGUAAACUUUUAUCGCCGGUUCCUACCGAACUGUGCCGACCUUAUGCUGAUACUCACCAACCUGCUCUCUGGUCCCAAGGGUUCCCUUGAGUUACAUGGCCACGCGCUGACUGCUUUUGAGAGAAUAAAGACCUCCCUUGCUGAUGCUACCUUGCUCACUCCUCCUGCUCCAGAAGCCCCAUUGUCCCUGAUGGUUGAUGCUUCGACCGUUGCCGUAGGAGCAGUCCCCCAACAGCAUAUCAACGACUCGACACGACUGUUGGCAUUCUUCUCCAAGACGUUUUCACCUGCCGAGACGAGAUAUAGCACGUUUGGCCGUGAACUUCUUGCCAUUCACCUAGCCGUACAACAUUUCCGACACUUCCUUGAGGGUCGUGACUUCACAAUUUUCACAGACCACAAACCACUUACAUUUGCCAUCCGAUCGCAUUCUGACAAAUAUAACCCGAGAGAGAUUUCUCAUCUGGAUUACAUCUCGCAAUUCACCACCGUCAUCCGCCACAUUAAUGGCCCGAAGAAUGCGGUGGCCGACAUGCUGUCCAGACCUUCCCUCUCGGCGUUUCACAUCUCACACGGGAUUGAUCUUAGUGCUAUGGCGGCUGAAAAACGACGUGUUGGAUGCCCUGGCGACGAAUCUGUUGACAGUCUUCAAUUAGUUGACAUCCCAUUGACCACCGGCACUGGCACAAUCCUUUGUGACGUAUCGACUCCUUUUCAUCGCCCUUAUGUGCCUGCCUCGAUGCGUCGAGCUGUUUUUCAAACUCUCCACGGACUCUCCCAUCCUGGGAUUCGAGCCUCACAGAAGCUCCUCGCGGAAAGGUUCGUAUGGCCUGGGUUAAACAAGGAUAUGAAAGCUUGGACACGAUCGUGCCUUUGCUGUCAACGUACCAAGGUUCAACGCCACAACAAGUCUCCAUCGGGCACGUUCCCCAGUCCCGAUGCACGGUUCAACCAUGUGCAUUUAGAUGUCGUAGGUCCUUUGACUCCAUCCAAUGGCUGUACUCACCUUCUCACCUGCGUUGAUCGCUAUACCCGUUGGUCGGAAGCCAUUCCUUUACCGAAUGUGCAAGCUGAGACCAUUGUGAAGGCCUUCGUCAGUCGUUGGGUCGCCAUAUUCGGUGCGCCAUCCAUGAUGACGACUGAUCGAGGCGCGCAGUUUGAGUCCACACUUUUACAAACUCUCCUCAACUUCCUUGACUGCACACGUAUUCGGACGACGGCCUACCACCCAACUGCCAACGGCAUGGUUGAGCGUUUCCACCGCCAGCUAAAAACUGCACUGCGUGCCGCAGAAGAUCCCGAAAACUGGUCAGACAAUGUACUCGUUGCACUUCUUGGCAUCCGUGCGGCACUGAAGUCAGACUUGGACUGCAGCGCAGCCGAAUUGGUUUUCGGCACUACCCUCCGACUCCCUGGUGAGAUGGUCACCCUAACCUCACAUGGUGCCGAAGAGGCCCCCGAAAAUUUUGUGCAUCGUCUGCGACAAUUCAUGCGCUCGCUUUCCCCGGUUCCACCUUGA